AUGAAUUCUAGUGUAAAUAAUACGACGAAUAACAACUAUAACAAUGAAAAAACAACACAUUUGAAUUAUCUUUCUUCUUUUCGUGUGGACCAAUGCCAGUUAUUUUUACAGCACAAAUGUACGCAACAUCGUCCAUUUACAUGUUUUCAUUGGCAUUUUAUGAAUCAACGUCGACGAAGACCGUUAAGACACAAGGAUGGUACAUUCUGCCAUGACCCAGAUUUUUAUUGUGAUAAAUACGAUGAACAAAGUGGUGUAUGCUGCAAUGGAGAAGAGUGUCAAUUUCUUCAUCGUAAUGCAGGUGAUACGGAAAAACGCUACCAUUUACGGUAUCUAAAAACGGCUAUCUGUACACAUGAAACUGAUUCGAAAGGCCAUUGUCUCAAAAAUGGACCACACUGCUCUUAUGCCCAUGGUUUAUCUGACUCAAGACAGCCAGUAUUUGAUAUAAGAGAAGUACAAAAUACUGAGCUAGCGUUAGAGAGAUUGUCAAGACUAUCAAUUAGUCUAGAAAAUGAACGAGCUCUCAAUGAUGAUCCAAAAUGGAGUGGUAACAGAAAACAUUUUUGUUUAUUUAAAAUUACAAUUUCAUGUUUUUCUAUUCAAGAUUCACAAUAUGUUUUGGCUAAUUAUAAAACGGAAUCUUGUAAACGACCGCCACGAUUAUGUCGACAAGGUUAUGCUUGUCCACAAUAUCAUAAUCCGAGAGACAGACGAAGAAAUCCGUCUAUUUUUAAAUACAAAUCAACUCCUUGUCCUCAUGUGAAACAAAGCGAUGAAUGGAUGGAUCCCACCGCCUGUGAGUCGGGAGACAACUGUAAAUAUUGUCAUACGAGAACAGAACAGCAAUUUCAUCCCGAAAUUUAUAAAUCAACAAAGUGCAAUGAUGUUUCUGUAACCGGUUAUUGUCCACGAGGACCAUUUUGUGCAUUUGCUCAUAUAGAACGUAGGUCUGAAUUGCCAUUAUCGUCUUUCAUACCAAUACCAGAAGAAAAAGAAGUUGGCAUUAUAAUGAAUUCUCCAAUAAGGACACAAAAGAAAUCAUCACAAGCAUCCGUAUUUGAAGUUGGAUCUUAUCCGGGUACAAAUCUAUUCCAAAACGAUAGUUCAUUUAGUGGUAGUAAUACAUUCAAUCAAGAACAAGAGCACCAACACGUGGGUAUUGAUAAUAGAAAUCGUUCGCCAAUUACACCGUUAUUCUCGGAGUUUCACUCGAUUUCAUCCCCAAUGUCUAUUCAUUCAAAUCAUCCAUUGCCGCCUCCUCCAUCCUUGAUCAACGAUUCAUCAGUAAAUUUACAGUUCAAUAAUGCGAGUCUUGCAGCGGCAUUACAAGCAGUUACCACUAGUCAUUUUAGUCAAUCUUAUCCACCCUUAUCUUUACUUUCAUUCCCACAAACAACCCAUCAGCAACAACAACAACAACAACAACAAAAUUCAGCUGCAACCAAUUUUAUAACGUCAAUACAAGCUCAUCUUCAUUCGGUUGAAACUCCCUCAUCACUAUCAUCUUUUAUUAGUAGCGGUCGAAGUCUUCCGAAUACUUCCUAUUUUGACGAUGAAGACGAUGAUUUAUAUCAUACUGAUACUUCACCGUUACGUUUUGGCAGCUAUCAAUCUAGUGUUGCACCAACAACGACAGAUGUUAAAAAUUUAAUUGGAUUAUCAUUGAAAACAAUUGGUAUUGAUAAUAUUGAUGUAGAUGAGGUUGAUUUUGAUAAAGCAUCGAACAACAAUGAUGUAUUACUUGACGACACGGAUAAUUUCGAUACAAAUGUUCAUACAUCGACGACGACUACUUCACCAAUACCAGCUACCUCUUCCACAAUAAAAACAUCUUUGACUACUAGUCGAACAACAUUACCUGUAAAUAUACCAAAUUCAUAUCAAGCAUCUUAUGUACAUUUUUCACAAUCUCCAUCAAAAUCACCAUUUGAUCUACUUUCAUCGACAAAGCAACAACAACAGGAUCGAACAUUAGAAUCGCCAAUCGAUAACAUUUUUCCUGAACCUUCCACUACAGGUAGUGGAGGUCAUUCGGGAAGCUACACAAUGUCGGGAUUCAAUCAUGAUAUACCUAGUACUCUACAUCAACAGCAACAACGAUCAACUUCACCGCAACCAAUUUAUAAUCGUUUGAAUAGCAGCAACGGAGCCAUUUCAUCCUCUUCGUCAUCUUCCACACCAUAUCAGAAUGAAAUUGAUAUUAUGCGUAAUCGUGUACUGCAAAUGCAAGUUAUGGCAAUUACACAGAAAGAAGCUUCUGAUCAUUGGCGAAGAGAAGCAGAAGAUAAGCACCGCAUAGCUGUACAGUUAGAACAAGAAAAAAAUCGUGCAAUUCAACAACGCGAUGAUGCAUUACAUCAGAUUGAUACAAUGCGUCAUUUACUGACGCAAAAUACACGUUUAUUACCUAGUGACAGUGAUUUAAUGUCUUUACCAUUAGACGAUGUGAGAUCGUUACAGUCACGUUUGAAACAAGAGUUGACAAAAAUAGCUUUAAUGGAUCAUCGAUCAUAUGCAGGAAUCGAUGCCAUUACCAAUGUUUGCACUAAACUUUAUCCAGAUCAAACAAAUCCUCUACAAGCGACAACUGUUGUGAAAUAUUGGCUUGGUGGUCAAGAACCGCUCGAUUACAUAAGCAUUUAUCAUAAUACUGGAAAUGAAACCUCACCACCUCAUUGGCAUUAUAUUACAUUUGGCUUAACGGAUUUACAUGGUGACGGACGUGUUCAUAAGCCAUCAGUUAAAGGUGAAAAUGAUACAUCAUCACCGAGUGGUUAUGGAUUUGAAUUGACAUUUCGUUUAAAAAAAAUGCCUGAGAACACGAAUGUAAAUGAUAUUCCUUAUUGGCCCGCCACAAUGCUUCAAUACUUAGCUAAAUAUAUAUUUGCAACAGGAAACUCUUUUGCUGCUGGUCAUCACAUUCCAUUUUCGCAUAUUUUACCAAAUAUCUAUUCUAAUGGAGAUAAUAAAUUGAAGACAAAAAUUCAAGAUUUAAUUAUUACACAAGAUAAAGAAUUGAAAAAAUUUAUAACACAAAAUGGGUCUAUUGAAUUUCUACAAAUAGUCGGUUGUUUUGAAUGUGAAUUAACUGCAGCACAAGACUUCUCUGGCUCGAAAAUUAUUGAACUUUUAAGUUCUAAUCGAAAAAGUGGUGGUUCCCUAUUGGUUACCGACAUGACAAGAGAAGAAUCGAUAUUUGAAUUAAUUCCAUCCGCUAGACAAACAAUUACAAAUGCUAUUCAGAAAGAGGGUUCACAUUUAGGUCGUGCAUUGGCUCGAUGUAGCUGGUCCGUUGAAGCAUCAUCAAUGCCAAAUAUAAAUGAUUCACAAACACGAUUCGUUCCUUGUCCAAUGAUACAGUUAUCAUUUGAUUUGGAUGCAGCAAAAAUGUUUUUAAAAAUACUAAAUACACGAUUAAAACGUGGCAAAUUUUUUAUAUUUGAUUCACCACUUAAUCAAACAAUAUGUUUAAUGCCAAUUAGUUGUACAAAUCCGGGUAUUGUUGUUGAUUCGUUAAGACCGAUCAUGGUGUCAGUAUACGAAGCACAAAUCAUGUUAAUGCCAGAAGCAAUUGAUUCAUGUUUAGAUCAAAUGGAUCAUAUUAUUAAUAUUCAAAGCGAACAAUCAUUGCCACUUACGUAUGAAAUUCCAAUUCAAACAUGUAAAAUGAAAAUUUGUCUGAUCACAAGUGCUGACUUUGCUACAGUUCCAGAAUGA